UCCCCUGCGCCCCCAGCACUCCAGCAGACAGCUUUGCCGACAGCUGGGCUUCGUUUCUGUUAAGUUUUUGCUUCUUGCCAACGACAUGAUGAACUAUUUACUCUCUAACUUUACCAGUAUUCAUAUAAUAUACUAUAUUUUCACUUGAAAAACAUCGGGCUGCGGAGAUUCAAUCUAGAUGUUCAUUUAAUUCUUCGAGUUCUCAUUAUAACCUGUGCGGUUUCACACAUUCAUUCACCAUGAAUUGCAUCUUAGCUGUAAAGAUGUACAUCACCAAAAUGACAGAUGAGAGUGGACCUGGCAUGAAAGUCCUUUUGAUGGACAAGGAAACAACUAGCAUAGUGAGUAUGGUGUUUGGUCAAUCAGAAAUUCAACAACGUGAAGUUUAUCUGUUUGAGAGAAUAGAUGCAGGAAACACAGAGCCUAUGAAACACUUAAAGUGCAUUGCAUUUUUAAGACCUUCAAAAGAGAAUAUCCAUUCUCUGGCCAUGGAACUGCGCAGACCCAGAUAUGGUUCUUAUUAUAUUUAUUUCAGUAACAUCACUCCUAAAGCUGACAUCAAAACAUUGGCUGAGGCAGAUGAGCAGGAGGUGGUGAGAGAAAUUCAAGAAUUCUAUGGAGACUAUCUUGCAAUGGGUCCACACUUAUUUUCCUUGGGAAUCCCCAUUAGCUAUCAAGGCAAUGGUUGGGAUCAUGACAUUUUGUCCCGUUGUGUGCAAGGUGUGACAUCAGUCUUGCUGUCACUUCAAAAAAAUCCUUUUAUUCGCUAUCAAAAUAAUUCCAAAAUGGCUAAAAGACUAGCAGAAACAAUUCGGCAAGUGUUAUCCAAAGAGUCAGAGCUGUUUGAAUUUCGUCAAAUUGGACCUCCUCCCUUGCUUUUGAUUUUAGACCGGAGGGAUGAUCCAGUGACUCCUUUACUGAAUCAGUGGACAUAUCAAGCUAUGGUUCAUGAACUGCUCACAAUUAAUAACAAUCGUGUUAGCCUUGGUCAUGUUCAAGGUAUCUCCAAAGAGCUGAAGGAGGUAGUCUUGUCUGCUGAACAGGAUGAGUUCUAUGCAAAUAAUUUAUACUUAAACUUUGGUGAAAUUGGUCAAACAAUCAAAGACCUCAUGGAUGAAUUCCAAAAGAGGUCUAAAAGCAACCGCAAACUUGAAAGUAUACAGGACAUGAAAAAUUUUGUUGAAGCUUAUCCCCAGUUCAAAAAAAUGUCUGGAACUGUGUCAAAGCACGUUGUUGUUGUUGGUGAGCUGGCCUCAUUGAUGGAACGACAUAAUCUGUUAGAAGUAUCGGAGACAGAACAAGAAUUAGCCUGUCAAGAGGCCCACUCCCAACAUUUCCAGCAUGUGAGAAGGCUUAUAGCGAAUGAGAAGGUUCGGCACGAAGAUGCAGCAAAAUUGGUUAUGCUUUAUGCAUUGCGCUAUGAAAAUCACUCCAAUAAUGAUACUUCUGGGCUGAUAGAGUUGCUGAAAAAAAAAGGAGUUUCUGAUAGAUUAGUGAAAAUGGUCCGCACCGUGGUUGAGUAUGGAGGUGCACACGCACGCCAGAGUGAUUUGUUUGGCCAUCAGGAAGCUGUUGUUCAAAUUACCAAAAGAUUCUUUAAGGAUUUGAGGGGUGUGGAGAAUGUUUACACUCAACAUAAGCCAUUACUAGUGGAAACCUUAGAAGAUUUAUCAAAAGGAAGAGUAAAGGAAUCAUUGUUUCCAUUUUUGGGUAACAAUAGCAAUGUUGCUACAAAACGACCCCAGGAUGUUAUUGUUUUCAUAAUUGGUGGUGCAACAUAUGAAGAGGCUCUUUCAGUACAGCAAAUAAAUCAAACAUCUUCUCUUGGAAUUCGAGUAAUUCUUGGUGGUACUACUAUACACAACUCAACAACAUUCCUGAAUGAGGUAGAUGCAGCAAGUGCUCGAAGUCGCAUUCAAAACCUUUGAGAUACGCUUGUCUUUUUUUAUCUCAGUGCAUUUGUUCUUGAAAUACCUUUAUUCAUUUAAUUGUUAUGUUACCUCAUGUGAUUCAUUUGUAUUUUGUUGGAAUUGUAUACCGUUAGCCUACAGCUUAUAUAUUUAAAAAUCAAUAUAUUUUUAUUUCCAAACACAUUUGUGAAUUGUAACAGAGGUAUGACCCAAUUCCGUUUGUUUUUAAAAUCCUGUUUGUUUAUGACAUGCUGGAACCUACUUUUGAAAGAAGUAUUAUAUCAUGGAGGUUUACUGUGAUUUUAAUUUUUGUUAAUUAAUCAUCAAUAUUAUGUCUCUUUCUUCAUAACUAGUGAGAAACAGACGACCUGCUUUCCAUGAUACUAUAUAUAGCGCUGCAAUUAAACAUAUGUUGAAGCGAAUAAUCAAAUAAGAAGCUUGAAUCCUUUCAUAA